CGGACACGUCCUGAAUCCUUUGGGGAAGCGAUCCCCUCACAAGAUCCUCCGGAAGAAGCUCAUCGGAGACAAGGUCGCCCAGUGGUACCCUUACGACAUCAAGAAUGACGAUCCCCUCGUCCUCGCUCGCGAGGAGAAACUGUUAUGCGAGACAAGGUCCGUCGCCGUGUGGUAUUCCGUGCGUUCUCGUGCAUCGUCAACUCGUGGCCGUCCGUGGUUGGUCUGAUUUGAUCCUUAGGACUUCUCGGCGAUGACUUGCCCCUCGGCGGCACCAAUGGACACGCUCCCGCCCCUUAGUCUGCCCCCUUAUCAUCUCCAAGGAAUCGGGUGGGAGAGAAUGGUGGAGACGGAGUCUUGCGCGAAGUUUCAUGGAUUUCAUGGUUUGAAACUGGAGGAAAAGAAGCUUGGUCAAAAGUUUGUGAUCGAUGUGGAUGCUUGGAUGGACUUGAGCAAUGCUGGUAAAUCUGAUGACAUUUCUGACACAGUCAGCUAUACUGCUAUUUAUCGGAUAGUGAAGGAAGUGGUAGAGGGUACGUCUCAGAAUCUGUUGGAGUCGGUAGCUCACUUGAUUGCAAAUACCACGCUACUUCAAUUGCCUCAGAUAUCUGCUGUGAGAGUGAAGGUGGAGAAGCCUCAUGUGGCCGUUCGUGGCACCAUCGACUACUUGGGCGUUGAAAUCCUUAGAUACAAAGAAGCUUCCUCUGUGGAUUAAGAGGCUCUGCCAAACCAUGAAUGUGCUGAUGAUGACGCGAUCGGUCCUUAUCGAAAGGUAUGCGUGUCUGUAUCUAUUAUAUCAUCGAACAUGUGUUUGACUUGCUGGCCACGCACGUAGUUGCUGCAUGCCGUGUAAAUAAACUCUCACGGUUCCUUCUUGUA